AUGUCUUUCAAAUCUUUGAGGUUACAGGGUUUCCUGCAUCUAAAACAUUCACAUCAACAGCAGAAACGUCAAUUUGUGGUCGCAUCUGCACUUACAUUGGGUAGUCUAAUCUUUGGCAGAAAUGCAAAAUUGGCAGAUGCAAUAGAUAAUGGUGAUUUACAUAAUAAAAAUGAGGAUUAUGAAUUGAAGCGAAAGGAAACUAUGGAAAAUAGGAUCAAGUCACUGCAAAACAGUAGACCUGUUGCUCCUAGGUACGAGGGCCAUGUGCCACUAUACAAAGCUGAAAAAUUACUUCUUACAAUUAUCUCUGGUCUAAAAUCAUAUUAUCAUCCUGAAGAUGGUAAUAACAUUGUUCAAUUAGGUGAAGCAACGGCGUUUCCAUUUUUUUUAGAAAAUUUAAAAAAGACUAUGUUAUCAGACGCAACAGGAAGGAAAAUACUCAGGGAAAGACCAGAUAUAACUUCAGAAACUCUGCAUAUGGAAGAUUUAGCUAAAAUGGCAGAAAAUACACUUGGAUAUACGUAUUAUAAAUGGCUAAAAAAAGAAGGAGUAUCUCCAGACACAAGAGCACCGGUAACUUAUAUUGAUGACCCUACACAUGCAUUUAUUUUCAAAAGGUAUAGACAAUGUCAUGAUUUUUACCAUGCUAUCAAUAACUUACCGAUCAUAAUCGAGGGUGAAAUUUCAGUCAAAGCGUUAGAAGCCUCCAAUUUAGGAGUACCAAUGGCUGCAUUGGGAACAAUUUUAGCGCCAUUACGACUAAGACCUGCACAAAGAAAUAGGUUGUACGAAAAUUAUUUACCAUGGGCAAUUAAAACGGGAUUGACUUGUAAACCUUUGAUUAAUGUUUACUGGGAGAAAAUUCUUGAUAAGGACAUCAAUGAAUUAAGAAAUGAGUUAGGUAUAACACCACCGCCUGACUUGAGAGAAGUUAGAAAUGAAAGAUUGAAACACAAUAGAGAAUUGAAAAUGAAAUACGAGAGUUUUGAAUAA